CCUGCGGGUCCUGCAGGUCCGGGUCCUGCUGCAGAUGAUGGUCUGGACUCCGGUCCAGUCCAUCCAUCCAGACUGUGCUCUGGUUCUUCAACACAUGAAUGUCCAGGACGAAUGCCACCGGAUCCUCAGAGACGAGAACCGGCUCCCCAACAGGACUGGUUGUCCAACUCACUGGGACGACAUUCGCUGUUGGACCAGCGCUGAAGUGGGUCAGGUGGUCAAUGUGUCCUGCACCGACGUGUCCCAGCUGUUUGACAACAACCAAGGUUCCGUCUCCAGGUCGUGUACGGAGGACGGAUGGUCUGACGUCCAGCCGGCGUACGAGGACGCCUGUGCGUUCGCGGAACACGAAGAAGACGAUCCCCAGACCACGUACUUCUCCAACUUCAGGCAGGUCUACACGGCCGGGUACGCCACGUCCCUGGCCUCCCUCAUAUCGGCCAUCUUCGUCUUCGCGGCGUUCAGGAAGUUCCACUGCACCAGGAACUACAUCCACAUCAACCUGUUCCUGUCCUUCAUCCUGAGGGCCAGCGCCGUCUUCAUCAAAGACAGAGUCCUGUUCUCUGACGAGGACCUGGACCACUGCUUCAUGUCCACGCCCUCCUGUAAGGCGGCUGUGGCCUUCUUCCACUUCAGUAUCCUGGCUAACUACUUCUGGCUGCUGGUGGAGGGGCUGUACCUGCAGACGCUGCUGGCACUCACCUUCGUCUUCCACAACAAGUUCUUCUGGUGCUACCUGCUGAUCGGAUGGGGUCUGCCCACCUCCAUCAUCACAGCCUGGAUCCUCAGCAGGAACUUCUACGACGACAGAGGCUGUUGGGAUGACACAGACGUGUCCUUCAUUUGGUGGAUCAUUAAAGCUCCCAUAACGGCUUCACUACUGGUGAACUUCAUCAUCUUCAUCAACGUGAUCCGGAUCCUGGUUCAGAAACUCCGGUCUCCAGCUGUCGGAGGAAACGACACCGGACACUUCAAGCGUCUGGCCAAGUCCACUCUUCUUCUCAUCCCUCUCUUUGGAAUGCACUACAUGGUGUUUGCCUUUCUUCCUGAAAACACCGGCACCGACGCUCGCAUCUUCAUCGAGUUGGGUCUGGGCUCGUUUCAGGGCUUUGUGGUGGCGCUGCUGUACUGUUUCCUGAAUGGAGAGGUGCAGGCGGAGCUGCAGAAGCGUCUGUGGCGGUUCCAGACCCAGAACCUCCUCCGCCUCAGUAAACGCCGUCGGACCAUGUUUGCUGACAGCAGCGUCGUCACACAGAUGUCUGUCCUCGACAAAUGCAGUCCCAGAGACCCAGCACUGACGCACAACCAGACGCACAAUGAGACACAGCAUGUGUCAUCCAUGUGA